AAAAAAAUAAAUAAUUUUUUUUUAAUAUUCUCUUCUUUUUCUUUUCUAUAUACUAUCAUUUUUUAAAGUGUUGCUAUUGUAUUUUCUAAAGUAUGCCCGGUGUGACCUUGGACGGUUUGAAAUCUAUUAUCUGGCAACUCAAAGAUCAAUUGGAAGAACAAGGUAUCAGAUUCUUUCCUAUUAUUCAAAGUUAUGAUCUUACUAGAUUUGAAAAUGAACAUACUGUUAGACUUCCUGAAGAUUAUCGUUUAUUCUUGACAAUGGUGGGAAAUGGUGGAAAAUGUUCUCCUUGUCGUGAAGGACUUCUUCCUCUUGGAACAUUCCCUACUUAUUUUAAUGGAAGACAAACUUCAUUUUUACGUGGAUUACCAGAUUUGUUUCCUUUCGAUGGUCCUUCUGUUGUUCCUUUAUCUAAAAGAUACAGCGAUAAUACUCAUUCGAAUCAUACCAGCAUGAUAAAUAGACAGAACAACAGCAGUAACAGGAUACCAAUGGUAGGCGGCUAUCUAUUUUUGGGAACAGCAGCACAUAAUCGGCAUUAUUUUUGGAUAUUGAUAUGUGGCGGUUCAUGCCGAGGUGAAGUAUGGAUCAUGAACACCAAUGGAUUCUACUUUCCGACAAGUACGAGAAUGAAAUUUCAUGAAUGGAUGGAUGAUUGGAUAAAUGGUGGCGACAAAGUAAAUGCUAGUGUUUGGACAUGUGGACUUUAUGAAUUACAAUUGGAAGGGAAUCUUGGCAAUAUGACUAUAUUUGACAGUAUUAGUGAUGAUGAUGAUGAUGAUAGUGAAUAUACUUAUGAUGUAACUAGUUUAGAAAUUGUGUUUUAUUGA